AUGAUAGUGACCAAUAUAAUACUUGUUACUUUCCUCGUUAUAAUUGAAACAACAUUUGUGAUAAGUGCAGACAAACAACGUUUGGAAUUGAAACAGAAAGUAAUUCGACAUAAAAUCCAGGAAACAAAUUCUUCCGAUGUUCUUAAUGCUCUUUCGGACUUCGGCGUUGUACGAAGAUAUUUAAGUCCAGUGAUCGAAAAAUACAGUGUUCAUUUCCCAAAAAAUGAAUCACGCUAUUCGAAAAAUGAUGUUGAAUCGAGAAACGUGAUAGAGAAAUUAAAAACAUCGGUGAUACUUCGAGACAACAUACUGUACAUUUUCUCAUACUUAUUACACGGCCGUGAAUCUGGACUCACGGAAGAGCAAUAUUCAUCUCUGCAGAUUGUUCACGAAAUUCUCAAGAAGAAGAAGGUUUAUGUAUACAAUUUAUUACCAAUUCUAUCUAGAUUAAACGGUGUGGACAAAAAUCAGCAGACAAUUAUGAUACUAAUGUCGUUGAUAAAAAACUUACCGUCCUAUCUUCAAUGCACAGCCACAUUCUUGGUUAAUGAGAUAAAACAAGAAAGAAUCAAUUUAAACAAAUUACUUAGUAAGACAACAUCUGACACGUUUAAUUACCUUGCCAACAUCGAUUUGGGCAUCUUGAAAAGUAAGAUAAUAAUCGACGGCGACGAGAUGAAAGGAUACGAUAGAUACUCGAAUAUUACUGAAAAAGCUCUCGGUCCGGUAUUUGUAAAGCUUCUCUACAAGUUACACACGCAUAAGCUGUCUUUGUCGCAAGAACUAUUCGGCUUGAUAUUGAUAAAUUUGCCAAAUCCUAACGAUGAUCCUGUAGUGGAAGAAAACAUUAGAUAUCUUUACGAUUUAAGUAAAGAUAAUACCAUUGAUCAUAGAAGCUGGGAUUUGAUUGGAAAAAAUCCUGACAGCAGUGACGCUUACACACUUGUAUUUUCCGUCUUAUCAAAGAUCCUCGUCUCGAAUGUAAGAAUAGCUGUGAAAAACGCUGCUGUUUAUGUCUAUCAUCAUUUGAAACUUGUGAUGACUCCGACCUAUGAUAAUCCAAACACGAUGUAUCUGCGUCAUCUGAUCAGACAUGAUAUAGAUAUUGGAAUGCUACUCUCGGCGAUCGUUCCUCACGAAUUCGGUCCGGAUGCGAUCGGCUUGAAAGACCGUCUGAUAAUGUAUUUCCGGUAUAAAAUAUACAGGCAUAGUGAUAUGAAUGAAAUUUUCACCGGAUUCAAUAAAUUUGCCUACCGCGAUCCCUUAGAUCUUCUCAUCGCAUUUCUAACGAGACUUGUGAAUCGUAUUCCAAGCCAUCCAGGUAGUAAUUUGCAAAUGAUACAAGAACCAGCUGCGGCUCUACUAUCAAUCUUGAUAAUGAAAAAGUCCACUAGAACCUUUACGCCAUUUGUAUCACCUGAGAUUGAUGUACUGAUACUCAUGGAAUCUCUGAAGACUCUUGACGUACAUCAGGCGUUUCAAUCGACAUUAGAUUCCAUAAAAUUUGAAUUAAUCGCACAGCCACAAUUAUCUGUGCUUGUGAGUACAUUAUUGCCGACGGAGAAAUACAACUGUCUUACACCUAUACGAUGUUUGAUAUCUACGUUUCAGAAGAUACAAAAAUUACGGAAUAAUCUGCCUAUGUCACUAUUAACAAAGAUUCAAACUAUAUCAUAUAUUUUGAAGACUAGAUUAAUACAAUUACAACAUUAUUUGAAACCGCAAUUUUCAUUUUCCCUUCCAGCCAUUAAGACAGAUAUUGCGGGAGAUUAUGAGAAUGUUCCUCAUUUCAAUGAAAGCUCUUUUGAAAUUAGAGAAAGAGAGAAAGAGCAAAAAGUACCAAAUAACUUAAAUGAAAACUUAUAUGGAUGGAAAUUAAAUAAAUAUUAUAAUAUGACACCUUUUCUCCUGACUGAAUUAGAAAAUACAAAAAGUCAGACUACGGAAAAAAAUAAACAAAUGGAAAAUAUUAUACAUCUCAAACCUACAAAAACAAAAGUAAAAACGUCUACUACUACAAAUCAAGUGCAAGUCACUGAACAUUUAAAACCCUCAAGUAAACAUCCAAGUAAACCUUCUCAAGAAAAUUUACCGGAUCAGCCUGCAACUUCUUUAUUAGUGACAACAUCAAAAUAUUAUAAUUCUGAGAUUAAUAAACCGUCACAAAAGACAGAAAAAGAGCACCCAUCAACAUCCGUUACACCGUAUGAUAUUGAAGACCAAUUCAAUGUUGACUCUUUAAAUAUAAGAGAGGAAAAAAUUUCACCUCAAACGAGUACAAGCAAGGAAAGUGAGAGUCAAAUAUAUUCACUCGAAGAGAUAGAUAAAGAUAUCACAACGAAGAAACCUAUGCGAUUAAUGACAACAAUACGUAAAACUAAAACGACAAUGAGUUUUCUUCAGAAAAUGUCGGGUGCCGAAAAACCAAUUACUACCACUACGACAAUAUUACCAAAUAUAGAAUCGAAUGUUCCUGAAAAACCAGAAUGGAAUAUUAUUGAAAAACCAAAAUCGUAUGUUACUGAAAAACCAGAACCGGAUUCCAAUGUUGACAUUUCACAUACAAAAGAAGAAGAAAUUUCAUCUCAACCGAAUGCAAGCGAAGAGAAUGAAAGUCAAACAUAUUCACUCGAGGAGGUGAAAAAUGAUGUCAUGACGCAAAAGCCUACGCAACCAACGACGACAAUACGUAUAACUACGAAAGAAGAAACGAAUGUUCCAGAGAAAAGGACAAAUGAUAUUCCUGAAAAUGUAACUACAAUAGUCUUACCGCCGAGUAUAGAACCUAAUGAGCCUCUUAAAAUACAAUUAUCCGAAAAUGGCGUUCCAAUUGUAACGUCCGACGAUCAUAAUAAGACAGUGCCUGGACUUGUUCUGCCAGAAAUCAAAAAACUUUUAAAACCUGCGAACGUAAACAAUUUCUUUUCAGAUGAUGACACACCGAUAGUGACACAGGUUUUACAACCAUUGUCCGCUAUAUUUGGCAAAAAUUAUAUUAAGAAGAUCCUACAAGAACAGGAUAUAAAUGAUUAUUCCACGAACAUUGCAUUAUUAUUAGCAGUACUUAAAAAAGCCACGACCUAUCAACAAGUAACAACGAAUACGAGUUUGAUGAAUUUAAUUCAGAAAUAUAUCUCCACUAUAGAAUAUAUCAGUCCAACAAUAUUGUUACCCAUCGUAGUUUCGUCGAAGAACUUAAUAUCGGAAGUCGUUUAUUCCACGUUUAAUGUACAAGAUUUGACCCGCAGUACAAUCAGCGAAAAACCGCCCGUUAAAAAAUCACCCGAUACCAUUACUAUACCACUUGUCAAUCCUAAAAUAUGGUUACAAUCUAUAAAUCCAUCCGAUCCUUAUGGCGAUCUAUUACCGACUUUGGAAAAGAAAAAUCCUUUCGCAAAAAUAAUACAACCUCUCAAAAAUAUUUUGACAUCUAAAAAAAUCGUGGAAAUACUUGGAUCAGAUUUCCAGCCGCUGAUAUAUCCAAAUAAAGGCACACUUUUGAUAACGCUUUUACAAAAACUGCAAAAAAGUAAAACAAUUCAAAUGGACCCCGAGCUAUUGCCCUUGAUUAACAUGUAUAUUUAUGCUAUCAAAGUACCAUCGAUGAACAUUCAAGUGUCCGAAGACAGUCUCGUGAAGAUGAUGUCUGAAAAAACGGGUCAGUGGCAGCCGGAAUUGACAAGUUUAAUCGUUGCUCUGCCAAGACCUAAGAAUAUCGUGGAAACUGCUAUGUUACAUCAGAUAAAGAAAUUUCUUGACGAUCCAACUAUCUUGGAAAAAUGGCAGAUAACUAAACCUCCAUCAACCAUGUCUCGCGGAGAAUUUUUGCAUAAAAUUAUUCUGAGUGCAUUGUCCCGUAAAGCAAAUUUGAAAAAACAUGUUCUGAAAGCAUUUAAAUAUUAUGAAGAUAAGGUAGAAUUUACUGAUAUGGGUGCCUUGCCAAUCAUGUGGAUGUGGGUCGAAACGUACGUAGUUAAGACUGAAGUAAAUCUGGGCACUAUGAUUCAGCAGACAAUAGACUUUAAUCGAUUGUCGUAUAAGGAAAAAAUAGCCUAUAACGAUCUAAUCACAUAUCUGGCUCAAAAUCCGAAUUUCCUUCAGGAUAAUGAAGAUUUUGAAUUCCAAAAGUAUAAGACACAAGGACAAUUUAUUAAGGGUCUGCUCAGACAUUUACUGAAGAAGCCGCAAAUUAACCGUAAGAUUAAAAAGGACAUUCAAAAGUUACUUUCACGCGUGAUGUUAACUGGACCAGGAGCGAUCGUGAUACCAGAUUUUUCAGGAUUUUAAAACAUUAUUAAAUAAUAUAUUUUAUUAUUGUAAUUUAAAGAGUAUUAAUUAGAUAAUUUGAUUUUGGUUUAGAAGAAACAAAAAAUUUCACACUCAAGUACAUCUGAAGAUAAAUGUUAUUUAAUAAAAAAUUAACUUAAAAUAUUCACACAUUAUUUGUAACGCUAAUCAAUUUGCUAUAUUAUUAUCAUCUUAUAGAAUCUUUAAUAAUUGCAAAUAUAAA